AUGACCAACGUGAACGCCAGAGAUUGGACGAACAUCUUUUUCUUCUCCCAGAGUCCGCCCAACUUUAUCAAAGUCAACUAUGAGACUCAAGUGGAUUUCAAGCCUUUCCACCCGGAUCAGAAGUGGUUGAAGUGGUUUUUGUGGAAACCGGUAGCUACAGGUAGACCCAGUGGUCAGGAUCGAGUUCAAGUGCUUUGGCUAGUUGCUAAGGACGACGGAGGAAUGAUUCACAAGUAUGUGGCCAAGGUGGUGAGUAGCCCGUCGCAAAACUUUUUACACUUGAAACUGAUAUCAGGCGAGUUCCCUGAAUACACCGAACAUGAUGCCCAGCUUCAGCUCCGACGCGUUCCUGCUCCACGCGACCUGAGAGAAGUUAUGAAAGAACUCGACCCCUUCGAGAAUGAAGCCAGGGUUUUUCAACGCAUUGAGAAGUGUUGUGACAAUCCGCAGAUCUAUUUCCCCCGAUUUUAUGGGGUGAUCACCGACCUUGACAGAUCCCGCUUUCGUUAUGGCUAUCCUAACCGCCGGGCGAUUAUCCUUGAAGCUAUUAAGCCAGAGUUAGCUUCUCGUCGUAUCCUAGCAGCACAUGACGACAACGAAACUAGACAUAUUGAAUGUCUAAGGUCGCGGCUUCAAAGUCUAGAUCUAAGUGAUUUUGAAAGAGAGUUCUAUUGCUCUCUACUCACUGAUCGCUGCCGCCGUCUAUCAACAUUGCACAGCCUUGCGAUCACUCAUGGCGACGUGAAAGAUGAACAUUUUAGGCUUCCGGGUGACUUCCAUGAUACAGUUCUUUAUGACUUCUCUGUUUCAUACACUUUCUCUCCAGAACCACCUUACUUGGUGAAUUUCCGCUCGCCUCGAUCAUUGAAGGUUAUAUCAGACUACGAGCUGGGGUGCGUUGAGGAGCAAAUAUAUAACCGGUAG